GUGGUGUUACACUGAUUCUUGUCCCCUUCCCCUGCUGCAGUCAACAUGGCCGUUGCGGGUUGUGCCAAAUUCCUUCUUCAGAGAUCAUCGCCAAGGUUAAUAUUCCCCUUCAGGUCAACGCCGGCUUUCAUCAGUCCGUUUCAAUGCCGGGGCCAUCGUUUGGGCCCGAGUGAUGACGAAAUGUAUCAGCGUACCACAGUGUCCGUGAUGAAGAAGGAGCCAGGAAGCGGCUUCAUCAUCCUCGGUUACAGCGCACAAGGAUUUAACAUUAAUGGCAACAAAGUCUUUGGGCCCUGCGCAGUUCUCCCUCCUUCUAUCCUGCAGUGGAAGGUGGGGGGUUCCAAAGACAUCACGCAAGAAAGUGUGUCACUUUUCCAUAUGAUUGUCCCCCAAAUAGAAAUUCUCGUCCUUGGCACGGGUGCGCGCCUGGAACGUAUCCAUCCGUCAGUUCUGACUCUUCUUAGGAGCAAAGGCAUCGCGGUGGAGGUGCAAGACACGGCAAAUGCAUGUGCAACCUUCAACUUCCUGAUAAGUGAAAACCGGGUAGUGGCCGCCGGUCUCAUCCCUCCGUCGAUGAGCAUGGAACUGGAGGUGAAGAAUCAGUAGUCACCAAGAUACCCAAAGGAAAAACUCUGUGGUGAUGCUCUUCUCAGAUUUCAGCUGUCAUUCAAAAUGAGGUUUGAUGAGCUGGACUGACGCCGCUUCAAAAACUCUUGAAAUCAGUUGGACGUUUGCAAGGCAGGCACCAAAGUUGGCAUCAUGUGUGACUUUCUGCUUGUAAAUAAACCUCAUUUGAUAUGUCUAAAUUAUAUAUUUAAGCCUGUGUAUGUGGAUGAUUUGCAUAUGUGUCGUUUAUGUUGUUAUUAAUGUUUAAAGGCAUUACACAUGCAUAAAGUUCCUGUUUGUGCUGCUAAAGAGUCCCAUGCAUUCAUGUAAUAAUUUUUGCAAAGAACACUAAAUAUAUACAGUAUUCAUAAUAAUCACAUGCUUUGUUUUGGAAUAGCUUUCGUGUAGACAUCAAUUGUGUACUGUAAAGUGAUUGUUCUACUGCCUUUUUGACCAUGUUACAGUUCAACACCAUCAGCACAGGUGUGAUCUCCUCUCCUAACUAAUUUGGCUAUUUGGUGUUGUGCUACAACAUUCCUUGCGCAUGGGGG